AAAAUACAGGAUCUGAACCCCUUGACGAUUUCUGUCGCCCAUCAGAGCCAAAGUUUGGCAUUCUUGCGCCUUUCCACGUGGCCUUACUUUGGACUUGGAAGACCUUGUGUUUACCCAGCACCAAGAAGACGCUGUCUAUCACGGCUUCAUCUUAUCAUGAACGGACAUGGAGAUUUAAAUAAUGCUCACGCUGCUAGGGUGACUAGCUUACUAGAAGUCGACCCAAAGUAUAGUUAUAAGUCGUUGGCUAUUGGUAUCCACGAAGAUGAAGCCCAUAUUAGGCAGCGGUACCGGCCAUUCCUGUUGCCCGAAGCUACCUGUAUAGAGGACGACUGGGUUGCGAACUUGGAGUUGGCUACGACGUUGAAAAUGGUCGAGUCAGAGAUUAUGAAUAAAAAGCAGGAUCGCCUCCGGGUCCUUGUCUUAUACGGAAGUUUGAGAAACAGAUCGUUUUCCCGCCUUCUGGCCUACGAGGCAUCGCGAAUUUUGUUUCGCCUUGGAUGCGAUGUGAGAGUAUAUGAUCCAGCUGGCUUACCCCAAAAAGAUGAUGUGCAGCAUGACCAUCCAAAAGUUCAAGAGCUGCGUGAACUGAGUAAAUGGAGUGACGGGCACCUCUGGGUCAGCCCCGAACAGCACGGAAACCUGACGGGUUUAUUCAAGCAACAGAUAGACUGGAUCCCUCUGUCGUCUGGCUCUGUACGGCCUACUCAGGGCAGGACCUUGGCCAUUGCGCAAGUCAGUGGCGGCUCGCAGUCAUUUAACGCCGUCAACUCUUUACGCAUUCUGGGGCGCUGGAUGCGCAUGUUCACCAUACCGAACCAGAGCUCUGUUCCAAAAGCCUACACCCAGUUUACUUCUGAGGAAGAGGGCAGCCGCAUGAUUGCCAGCUCAAACCGCGAUCGUCUUGUGGAUUGCAUGGAAGAGUUGGUAAAAUACACAAUUGUGAUGCGUCCCCAUUUUGAGCUUUUUGGGGAUCGAUAUAGUGAACGCGAGGAGAGAAGGCAAAAAGAGACUUUACAGAACUAGAUUGCGCCCGAAUUAUACGACAAGCGUAGACAUGAAUUCAACAAGGCGUGCCCAUAGAGAUAAUUUUUUGAAUCUGUAAAUACAUGUAUCUAGGCGGUCAAUAAU